AUGAAUUCCAAGGUACAGCUUGAUAAAGCUUUAUCUUCGAAGCUCAACGGGAUUCAGAUUACUAAUCAUUUGAGCAAGUUAUCCAGAGCAAAAGCGACGCCGCCUGUUCUCAAAUCGCAGCCUAUUAGCCCACAGAAAUCGUUCAAGUUCAUGCCGCAUCCCCCUCAAAACCGAAAGUCGGUCGGCUUUCAGAACAGCAGGAGAACUGAUGAUCAAAACAUUAAGCCAGCGCCUCCUACAGAGCCUCGUGGAAAGAAUUAUAUGGUGAGAAAGUUUUACGACGUAAGAAAAAAAGACAGUAAUGUUGACGAAAGCAGGGUUAGCGGAGAUGGAGAAUCACUAGAGAAUGAGGAAUUUUACGAGAAGUCAAGGUGUCCGUCAUGGGAGCGUAUGCCGGGCGAUGGAUGUAUCUCUGAUAUUGCUGAAGAAGAUGAAGAUGCAGAAGAAGAAGAUGACGACAUGGAGGAGAAUGAUGAUGAUGAUGAUGAUGAGUCUGUUGAGGACAACUAUGACAAUGAUUUCUAUGAAUGCGAUGACCUUGAUGAAGGUAAUAACUAAUACUCAUGUUGAAAUUGGCAAACUCCAAGCUUUAAUAAUGCACUUUGCAAUAACUAUAGUGAUCAGUUUGGAAAAAAAAAACUAAUUUCAACUCAGUCACCUGCUUUUGUUGUUGUUGUUGAGGCAGGCAGACAUUUGAAUAUUUUACAGCAGUUGCAUCCAAUCUUGGCACUCUUGUCCCAUGACACAGUCAUAUAUGUGGCAUAUUCAUCUCUAAAGUUUAAAUGAAUGGAACAAAGAAACAAAGACAAAUAGACAAUUCAAAGGACUGAUAAAGAUUUUUCUUUUAAGUUACUUCCCAAGAGUAUUCUUGUUAAGUGCAUUUGACUUGAUGAACACAACUCAAUUUUUACUAAUGCCUGUCUUAACAUGAUAUCAACUGUUGGCUAUUGCACAAUGUAAGGGAGAUAAAUAUGCUAUAAUGUUAAAAUGUUGCUUUUAUAUUACAGCAGGCUUUUCUGAUGGUGAUGAUGAUGAUGGUUCUCAGUCACUGAUCAGCACAGCUGCUUCCUCUCGUGUUUCUACUGCAAAAAGUAGAGCAUCAAGUGCAAGACCAAUGAUGUUAGGUACUCGCAGAUGGUCUGGUACAGUAGGAUCAUCAAACCCAAGUUCUGCAUCAUCCAAAAAAACAAAUGCAUGGGCAUCAACAGGUGACGAUGAAAAACAAGAGAAAAUUCCUCCUCUAGUACCCAGCCUAUUUCCUCAUAUAUCUCCAACCAUCUACUUUUCUGUGGAGGGAGAAAAAGGUAAACUGAAUAUAAAACUGUGUAUUUUACACUUCAAGGAGGUAUUGUUUUCUCAGCGUCAUAAACUUUAAACCUUUACACCCUAACCUCAGUAUCUAUUUUCUCCAUGCUCUUCUCUCCACAUUUCUCAAGGUGCUGGCAAGGAGAAUUUGUUUAACAAUCAAUAGUUUCUUAAGUUAGUGAUCACUUCCUUUAUUCUCAUGACCUUAAUGUGUGAUUCAGGGCUGAUAUUAUAGGGAGAAAUUAGAUGCUAGUCACUCUUAGGGGCAAGGGUCAAUUAAGUAUAAAAAUUUGUUGAAGUUUAUCACUUGGUAUUGCAGUUCAGAAUAAUAUUCCCACAGCACAUGCAUGAUUUUAUUGUGAUAUAUUUUAGUAAUUUUAUCCAAAGUAAGUUUAAACUUAGUACAAGUACAUUCUUAAUUAAUGGUCUUCAUUGUAUAAUUAUAUGAUUUUCUCAAUUAUAUAUUUAAUGUAUAAACAAUCAACUUAGAUUAGUGGGAUUCAAAUCAACAUGCAAUCACGAAAUGACCUUGUAGACUAGACAUUGAAUCAUUAUUAACAUUUUUCCAGCCUUUUAGUGUUAUGAUAUUGAAUGUUGUCUUGUUAUAGGUAAGUCCAGUUCAGCUGCAUGCAGUCAUGUACAGUGUUGAGUACUAAAAUCAUGAAACACAAACUGGGAGCAAAAUAUUGUUUAAUCUAAAGCAAAAUAAGUACUUUUAGUGUUUUCUCUAAGCAUUUAAUGUACAGUACUGUACCUGUAUACUGAAUAUAUUUGCUAUGGUAACUUAUGUACAGUGUAUCUCUAUGAUCUUUUGUAGUGGGUCAACUUUCACCUGAGGUGCGAAAACUUCUCCGGUGGAAGAUGAGUUCUAUAACACCAAAUGUUAUCAAGCAGUGUAUUGCAAGAGCUGGCUUUAAACCAACUAAGAGUAAGUUGUUAUUCUAUUACUGAUUUUACUUAUACAAGUAGUUUCCUUGCUUGUCUGUUUUAAGUGCUGUAAAGUAGUUUAGAUUAAUAUGUGUAUACAAUUGCAUACAUGACAUGUUGUUACUGUACAUCAGACAGCAAACAUGUGAAAUAAUUAAUCUCCCUAUUUUUGUCUCAAUGUGUGGCAAAACUGGUUUGGAUAUGUGCUGAAUGUCUUUAUGUACACUGUAGUUAGCAUCAGAGAGCAAGCUUGAAAGAGAUUUUCAAAUCUUUUCAUUCGCCCUAUUGUCCUGAAAAACUAAAAGAAGUUUUUUAUAACAUGGCUGCAUAAACUUGCUUUAAUAUACUGAUAGGGAUGGUGAGGAAGACUGUAUGCUAAUUUUUUUUAUCACAGCUUUGUAGAAGCUCCUAAUAUAAAUGUAUACAUCUGUUGGUUUCCACAAAAAGAAAGAAAGAAAGGACUGUAUAUCUUCUGACUCCUACAGCCCAUUGCCUUUAAGUUUCUUAAAAUUUAUUUUGUAGUCAGGUUUUUCUGUAAGAAUUAGUUGUACAUGUGUACAUCUCCCUGAAGAUGCCUGAGAAAGGUGUUUAAUAAAAAUAUUCAUAUUAUUACAUUUUGAUUAAUGUCUACUGUUAAGCAGGGAAUGACUGGCUGGGAUACUGGGGCAAACACAUGAAAGCAAACUGUUUUAAAACUGUCAGAGAAUAUCAAAAGGUAAGAAAUCAUCUUUGUUCUUACAUGUUUUAAGUAUUACCAGUAACACAAUUUUUUUUCUCCUUUUUUGAAUCUGAAAUAAAAAUACUUAUAGGCUUAAAAUUUUGUAAGACUUUAUGAAUCUAAAUGACCAGUCUGCAGUAACUAGAUGCCUACAGUUUGUAAAUAACUCUUAAUUGUGGGUCACAUAAUAGAGGGUUUGUUGUCCCAUUUAAGGCAAUAAGUUUUAAACCUGGUUGGACAGUUUGACUUUUCCUUGGUUUCUCUUGAAGUGUAGUAACAGUCACAUAUAUAUAUAUAUAUAUAUAUAUAUAUAUAUAUAUAUAUAUAACCCCUGAAGAGUGAAGCGAUUCACGAAACAGGCUUGUCGGGAAAUGUAGUUACGUCCCCUUUUUUCCUCUCAUAAUAUUUAUCCUGCUCUGCUUCAACGUAUUGAGCACUGUUCCACGCGAAAAUCGACUUGCAGACUUCCUAUAUAUAUAUAUAGGAAGUCUGUAAGUCGAUUUUCGCGUGGAACAGUGCUCAAUACGUUGAAGCAGAGCAGAAUAAAUAAAUAUUAUGAGAGGAAAAAGCGACGCAACUACAUAUCCCGACAAGCCUGUUUCGUGAAUCGCUUCACUCUUCAGGGGUUUAAACCCCUGAAGAGUGAAGCGAUUCACGAAACAGGCUUGUCGGGAUAUGUAGUUGCGUCGUUUUUUCCUCUCAUAAUAUUUAUUUAUAUAUAUAUAUAUAUAUAUAUAUAUAUAUAUAUUAGGGAUUACGUUUUGAGGGGUUUUACCUCAGUCAGUGUGAGAAAAAACUGAAGGAAAAAAAUAUAAACAAUUAUAAUGGUAUGCAAAACUACAUUAAGCUUAAUGAAAAACUAUUGGGUAACCUUUGGUUAGCUUAAUCAAGCUUUGAACAACCCAGCCCAGAAACAUGUACUGUUGUGUAGCCUUGCUACUAUAUGCAUGUACAUAUAUAACUGACAUGUUCUUUAGAUGAAUAGGAAUGCUUUCAGUUCUUCUCACCCAAGCUUCAGUGCCUGAAAAACAGUUUGAGCUCACCAAAAUUUAAAGAUGUGAGGAUAAGUUUGAGAGCUAAUCACUCAGAAAGCACGCAAAAAAUGUUACUAGCUGGUACUAUUGCUGCAUGGUCAUGCCAAGUUUUUUCCUUUUAAUGUAUAGUUCAUAAUUAUAUGGUUUUUUUUUCAGGUUAACCACUUUCCUGGUACAUUUCAAAUUGGGAGAAAAGACAGAUUGUGGAGAAAUCUCUCCCGAAUGAUGGUGCAUCACGGAAAAAAAGUAUGUUCAUCAGAAACUAUUUACAUGUGGUACUUUAAAUCAUUUACAAAGAAGCUGGGUUCUAACAGAAUGUGAAAAUCUGUACACUUAAUCCUUUAACUCCUAGAUCAAAUUUGUAACUUGAAUCUGUCAACCAUACAGUUCUUUUAAUGUUAGUUCAGAGAAUUUAUAUUCUUUAUUUUCAAGCAUCAUGUAAUAUCUGGUUGAUAUUAUAUUGAUAUUGUAAGGAAAAUUCUGUCUUGGUCAUUCAUGGGAGUUGAAGGGUUAACUGAUUUGUGACAACACAAGAAAGGAAAGCAAUCAUAACCCCUUUUAACCAGAGACAAUUUAUUGGUACAUUUUUUUUGGAAGCCAACUCUCCAAGACUAUCUGGGAGUGUGAUGUAAAAUGAUUCCCUACACAGGGAAGCCAUUCUCAGACUGGUAAAAUCUGCACUGAAAAAUCUAGGAUUCUGCAUUUGAGGAUGCAUGGUUGCAUUUUUGAGAUUUUCUUUUCUUCUCUUUUUUCUUUUUUUUUUUUGCAAUUUGGGGAUUUUGUGAGGCCAUUUUGUCAACCCCUGAGUUCACUAGGGAGAUGCAAAUUUUAAGUUAACCUAGCAGUCAAAAACAACUUAACAUUGUUGGAGUCUUGUCACACCCCUUUUCCAACCCCCAUAAUUGGAGAUGUGUUUAGUUUAAGUCAAAUUGUAUGGUGUAGAGCAAAUUAUAAUGCAGAACAUCAUGUACUGAUGCCAGGUGUUGAGCUGAAGUCGAGGAAUUGAGCUCAUUUGGCUUAAGCUUGUAUCCAUAAUGAUUUUGUAGAACAUCCCUCGACUAACUGGCACCUUUGUUGACAUUUCUACAGGAUUAUGGUUUUGUUCCCCAAACUUAUGUUCUGCCUUAUGACAUGAAACUACUGAAAAGGGCUUGGGAUGAUGCCAGCAGUCGACAGAAAUGGAUUCUCAAGCCAGUAAGAAGCAUUUUCUUGCCUUUGUUAUAUCUAAAAACUCUGGAUUAAUCUAACAAGGCUUAGUUUAAUUGUGUGCAGUUUUGUGACACUACUGUAACAUCUUCUCUGGAGUAGUAUCAAUGUUUUCCAUAUAAGCCAGUUACUAGUAACUACAAUUUCAAGUAAAACAUCAUGCUGUUGCCUGUUAAGGGUUUUUUGUGUUUGAAUGGUCCCCUUUUUGUGACUGCCACUGAAUUUAAGGCAUUUCACUACUGUGCAAACUUGAGCUGAUCUUUAUCACAAGGAUCCAUACUAUAGCCUCAUGUGCAUAUGUUAUAACCCUUUUGGAGGUAUGAAGGGUGACUAACAUGUCAAGACUGCACUUAAUCAACUAACUGGCAAGUCUUUGAUUUGCAUGGUAUCGUUAGAUUUUAUAACUCUUUAACUCCCAAGAUCUGAUCGUUUAUUCUCCUCUCCAGCUGCUACACAUUUCCUCUUAUAUCAGUUAUGAAAAUUUAGUGUUAGAUUCUUCUGCCUGAUAAGUUGGAGUUUCUCAAUACCUGUUUAAUUUGCAGGAUAAUAUAUGAAUAUCAUAGGAAGAAGUUCUUUGUCAAUCACCUCAGAGAGUUAAAGGGUUAAUCUGAUUUUUUCAUGUACAGCCUGCUUCAGCCAGAGGGAUUGGAAUCCGUGUCAUUCACAAGUGGAAUCAAAUUCCAAGGAAGAGACCUGUAAUUGUUCAGAGGUAUAUGCUGUAUAUCUCCCUCUGAGUUUAUUAAACUAGUAUGUAACUUGUGUAUGUACUACUCAGUAUUGUAGGGAUAAUACUCAACAAUAGCAACCACAAUGCUCUAGUACAUGUACGUUGUGUAUACAUGGUAGAGAGAUGCCACAACCUUUGAAGAUUUCAAGUCCAGAGUUUCAUUACUCAUGGGUGACAGUUACCUCUGCAGUGAGGCUACUGUGACUGCCUUUCCUCCCACCCCCUCCCCCUUAAAGAUGAAGCAGACCCCCCCAGAAUAAAUUCAAACAUUUAAUCAGGCUGUAAUUCUCACAUUGCUUCUGCAGUGGUACUUCCUUGUUGAAUUGUAAUUUAGCUGCACAAUGCACGAUAGUUGUUAUAGACUAUAAUUGGUUAAGCUCUGAUGACUGAGUGAGCACUAAGUAUGUUUGUUAGAAGACUAGUCAUUAAUAAUGGUAGUAGGACUUUGUGUCAUCCAAUGCAGUUUGUAAUCAUAGAAGUGAUUUACAAAAUCGGAGGACCGCAAAAUGUGAGUCCGAUUUGCCACUCACAAGUAUGGUUACAGACAGAAUCGGAUGACUCAAAGUCCUGUUACCAAUUAAUCAUAACAGUUAUAAUUUCUGAAAACAACAAAUACAUUCGGACAAAUAUGUGCUGGAGAGACAAUGUUUAAGUGGAAAAUUCCCAAACUUUUGGAAAUUCCACAAUUUUCCUAAGAUAAGUGGUUGUUGCUAUGGUUAUUGUGAUCAAUUCUGUGAUUGGUGGAUUUGACUGAAAGGACUAAGAAUGGUUGGCUGCUUCAACUGUCAGAUUGCAGGUGUCUGAUUACAGCCAAUUAUCCGAUUACAACUGUACCGAAUAUUUAGUGAAGAAUAAGGCAGCUAAUGCACCAAUCAUAUUUGAAGAAAUUGUAACAAUUUGAUUAAUAUCAUCGUCGUUGUGAUUUUUAGGUACCUUGCAAAACCGUUUCUCAUCAAUGGAAGCAAGUUUGAUCUUCGAAUCUAUGUCUACGUCACUUCAUACGAUCCACUUAGGAUUUAUGUCUUUGAAGAUGGGCUUGUGAGAUUUGCAACAUGCAAGUAAGUUUUCAAAGACUCAAACAUGACAUUCAAAAAAUAGAUGUGUGCAUGGUUAAAUAGUUGUGAAGGUUUAUUUGUCCAGCGCUACACUGUACACCUCCUAAGAUUUCCAUCUCCAUUUUGUUUUCAAGGUACUCAUCAUCCAUGAAAAGUUUAAGCAACAAGUUCAUGCAUCUGACAAAUUACAGCAUCAAUAAAAAGAAUGAAGGAGCUUACCAAGCGAAUUCAGAUGAAACUGUUUGUCAGGGACACAAAUGGUAGGAUAAAGUAGUGUUGUUCAUUCACUUGUACAUGUACUUACUGUAAUAAGCUUAAACCCCUAAACCCUAACAGUGAUUGUUCUAAUUUCUCCUAACAGUAUCAGCCCUGAAUCAAGUGUAAAGGUCAUGAGAUAAGGGAAAUGAUCAUCAGUUUAAGAAGCUCCUGUUUGUCAAACAACUUGUAUUCUCGUCAGUACCACAGGAAAUGUAAAGAGAACAGUGUGGAGAACGUAGUUACUAAUUUUAAAGUGUAAACGGUGAAUUUGUUCAGCUUUGCAAAGAAAUGUGUUGGGGUAGAGCAAGCUCAGUACAGACGAUAUUCCGACGCCGUCGUCAAAAAAUUAUUCUUUCUGUCAGUACUUUCAAGUUAUGGUACAUUUACAUUUGGAGUACAUUUGUAUUUAAUUUGAUUGCAACCUUUCUCAUAGAUAAGCUGAAAAAUAAACAUUCCAUUUUGCUAAUUAAACGUGACGCUUCUGUUUGUAGGAGUUUGAAAGCUCUUUGGGGUUACAUGAAACGCAUGAACAUCAACCAUGUUCAUGUUUGGGAGACAAUAAAGGAUUUGGUUGUCAAAGCCAUCAUAGCGUAAGUAACAGAAAGUGCUGUUGUUGUAAAGUAAUACUCACUGGAAAGUUAGUAAAAUCCAUCUUGACAAGUACAGCUGCACAAUAGUCCAUAGGUUGAAGUUUCUUUAGUAACUCAACUAGUUUGGACUUGCGUUAGUUUGGCCGUAAAAGGCAGAAGCCGCCAGCAUUAUAGAAUAAUUUCCUGCGAAGAUGGCGUAGCGGUAAAAACAAGAUACCGACACGUUACUCAUCAAUUUUAACGUUUUUUGAGCAGCAAAUGUCUUAUUACGUACGGAGAUGAUAACUUUGAAAACUUUGUAGAUAAUAAUGAACGCAUGUAAAUUAUCACUAUAGAUACAUUUUUGUCGCAUUUUGUUGAAAACUUGAACCCUGUCAUUACACUGUGCUUGUCCAAGAAUCUGAAGGUCUAUUUUUACUUACUUCUACAUUUUCAGCGUUUUCGCCGUUUCUUUAAAUCUUAACAUGCACGAGAAAAUUUAGUGAAAUUGAACUUCUUCAUGUGAAUGUUUCAGGUCUGACUCAGCGGUAAACACCAUGGUGAAACAGAAUGUGAGAAAAAGGUAAGAGACUGCAGUUGGUCUUGAACAACAUUUGUGCAUUUUGAACAGAGUUUAGUUAUAGUACGUACGCUAUGAUUGGUCUAUUUACCGCGCUGUUUAUAGCUGUAUGCCCUCCUCAAUUCAAAAUUUUGUUUGAAUUGAUAUCUUCGCGCACUAUUUGAACCCAGAGAUGUAACAAGUAUAAAUAUUAACCUGAUUUCGAGUGUAAUUUGGUGCUCAUAAGCACUUGUAAAUUUUUCAAAGACAACAGAAUUGCAUGAGCUCAUAGGGCAAGUGCUAUUUGUAAUCUUUGAAAAAUUUGCAAGUGCUUAUUACACCAAAAAGAAAAAGUUAUGAAAAAGAAAAAUUAUGUAAUUACUUGGUUGGUAAUAUACUUGAAAAAACAUUGCAGAAAGUCGAGACAAACGAAAUUUGAAAGCGUGCGCGCGCCAUUUGUAACUUGCACUUGUGCUACAACUUUGCACUCGUGUUACAUGAGAAUGCGCUCGUUUUCAGCUAAUCAGAAGCGCGUAUUUUUUUUUAAUGUACUUCUAAACUACUAAUUACUAAACUCGUUUUCAUGGUCCGAACGAUAAGUUACAAAAUCUGUUUUUUUUUCCCCGCUGGAACAUCUAACUCAGUCAGUAUUACUAACUGUAAUAUCUUUACUACCAUCUACAACAUUGUCUAGAUCUUGCUGUCAUGAGCUUUUUGGAUUUGAUGUCAUGUUGGAUGAGACCCUUAAACCGUGGCUACUAGAAGUGAAUAUAUCUCCAAGGUAAUUCACGCAUUUGUCAUGUUCAGAAAUAUUGACCACGCGAGAGAUACCAGUAUUCAACCGAAAUUCACAUACUCAAGAGAUUGAAAUACUGACCUCGCGAGGGAUAUGUAUCCAACUCAAAAAUUUUCAUUCUUAAGGGAUUGUAGUUCUAUGGUGUUCUUGUGAACCCAUUCAAAUAAUUGUUUUCGCAUGCAAAAAAAUUUUUUUUCCAUGGUCCGCCAGACAUUGGAACAUAGUAAGGGACAAGAAGGCUGCCAUUUAUAAUUUUUCUCAUCGAAAACGAGGACGAUUUUUUAACUUAUUUUUCAAAAUGCUUUUAAUGCACAUCUUGUGUUAAUUGAUUUAUUGCGGGACAUUUACGAGCAUUCGUUUUGUUUACUCUUUGUCUGAAGUGCAAUAAGAUGCGCAGCAAGUUGUGUAAAAGGGUGUGCAAUAGGAUGCGCAGUAAGAUGUACAAUUAGGUGCGUAUUGAGAUGCGCAGAAAAAUGCGCCUUCGUUAAUCGAGUAAACUUCGUCAACUUCCUCCCCAGUCUUCACUCCACCUCUCAACUGGACCGUAACAUCAAGGGACAGAUGAUAAAAGACUUGUUAAACCUGGCAGGGUUUUGCAUCCCAGAAAACCUGAUCACAACCUCAACUUCAAGGUCAGUCUAACUAUUGGAAUAUCAGAGAGAAAUUGAAAUUACGAGCUAUUUGCAAAUGAUGAAUAGUGAGGCACGUGACUCCGCCAACAUGUAAUUUUUCAAUAUGGUUGCAUUGUGCAGCGCACAUAUGAGUAUAAUGUAUUAUGAACGUGAAAUUCCUGUUUGGUUUCAGCACUAGUAACAUGAACCAGUUUGUUCAAGAUAAAGCUGUGACGGGUCUUUCUUCAGAUGAGAGAGGAAAGGUGAAUAUAUGUUAUGGAUGGCAAAUACCUACAGAUAUUUAGAACAACAUGUUUUUGUGUCAGUUUGCCAGUCUUAAUUUACUGUGACAACGUCAUAUAUAUAAUGGUAAUAGGACCGAGUGGAGUCCAAUACGGUCGGUAAUCAUACGGGUGUUUAACAAAAUUGGACGACCGCAAAGCGGGAGUCCAAUUUGUCAAUCAAGAGUAUGAUUACAGACAGAAUUGGACGACAAGAGGUCCUGUUACCAAUCAAUCAUAACGAUUACAAUUUCUAAAAACAACAAAUACAUUUAGGUCAAAUACCUCCAGUGGAGACAACGACUAAAGUAAAAAAAAUUGUAGUAUAGUAAUAGUAUAGAUUUAUGUUUCGAGAAGGGAAAUAGUUAGACAUGCUCUAUUGAGUGCUUUUGUAUUGGAGAUUGCUGCUGACUUAAUACUUCUCCUUCACUGACCCCAACAUAUUGUUUAAUCAUUUUACUUAUGAGCCUGCCUUACAGAUUAUUAGAACGUACAAAUGAUGUUAAAAAGUACUGGCUAUAGAUACAUUCCAUUAUUUGCGAAAAUUUAAGAAGGAAUUGACUUCGAACCAAGUCAAACUGUUCUUUUGUGUGUCGUCUUAAUUUGUUUAAGUGUUGGACGUUAUUUUUCUUGUGUUUCAGCAUGCGUUUUAUGUUCAACGUCAUCUAGACGAGGUAGGAACACAUUUUAUAACGCUUCCUUCAAAUUCCUUUCUUUUAAAUGAUUGCAUUUGGAAAUCCCACAAUGCCUUUAUUAUUGAAAUAUCUUGCUGACAGUUACACAACAUGUUUCAUGAACUCGAAAUUACGCCGCAGAGAGCGCUUAAAGUCUGCAUCAUUGAACAACAGACACUCGACCCUUUUACUGGCUUUUCUAGGAUGCAUCAGUAUGAAUUGCGUCAAAACCCAAACGAAAGUUACCACACAGCCAGUCAAAAGAAAGAAAUUAAAAAAAAAAAAAUGUCGCAAUGAACUAAUAAGACAAUUUACGGUGAAAUCAAGGAAAAUGCUUCGAGCGCGGAAAGGUAAAAGGGACCAAGUAGUUGGGAUUUGUGUUAGUGAACAUCAGCAUCUUGUUAUUCAAGAGAGUAUCGAGUUUUCUAAAACAAUCACAUAGCUUGUUGGAGCGUAAGGAACAUCAGUUAAAUCCAAUGCAAUCUCUAGCUGUGUUCGUCACUUACUUUGAAUUACCCGAAUUUUGAAUUUAUUGUUAUGGAAUUUUACUAAUACAAACUUGUAAUCAGUCCACUUCUCUUUCAUUCAUGUCUUUUAGCGCACGAAACAGUCAAUCCUUGACAUCUUGACACCAGACGACAUUAGAAUGCUUAUGGAGACAGAAGAUGAGGUACUCUGUACAUACGAACUUUUGAACAUAUUUUUGUUUCCUUUAUUCUUCGUAGUGAAAAGCAAAACCUAUAAAUUUUUUUGCUUAUUGUGAUGAUUAUGCGUGUGUAAAAGAGAAAGGUGAAUUCAUUUUAUCCUUUAUAAGAGACUGCCAUGCAUUCGAGAAAGUGAAAUUUGCCGUAAUGUAGCAUAGCUCGAGCGUUUUUAUUUUCCCUCACAGAAUAGUCGAAGAGGAUGCUUUCAGAGAGUUUUUCCAUCCAUGUCGUCCAACAAGUAUUUAAGAUUCUUUGAGUCUCAGGUGAGGAUAAUUUUACGUACAAACAGUCAUUACUACCUCAUUAAACUACGGGCAGUCCCUGCUUGUUGCCGAAGUCCGUCGCGCGACCAAAAGAAAUCAGAGAAAAAAAGGAAGAUUUUAGCGCGCCGCGCGGAUUUAUGUAGUAGGUACUACUUAUAGUGUGUGCCACUCUCAGAGGUCCGAGCGGUGCGCCAACCAUUUUCUUUCAAUCACUGUUUUUUUUUCCCCGAAUGGUGCGACGGACUCCAGCAAUUUUGCUCCUUUUUAAAAUGACUUUCUCUUCCCUCCAUCCUUGAUCGAAUUUUUCUGCCAAUUUCCUUAUAGAGAUAUUACAACAUUUUGUUGGACGAAUGGACAAGAAAAUACAUGAGAGAAGGGCGGAGCACAGUCCUGGGUAAGUUUAAAUUCAGGUAGAAAAAGCUAGGUCACCGUAAUGUAUAUUCGGAAAAAGUAAACUACGUUAUUUGCAGUCUAUGUAUGUAUUUGCGAUAUUUAGACUGGCUGGCUCAGUGCAGCUCAGAGCUGGUUUAAAUGGGGGCCUGUUUAAGACCAGACCACUACACCGGGAGUCGUGCGUUCCACAACGUGAGCUGAACAAGUGUAGUCCGUGUCACUCUUUAAAAUUCUGCGUCUUUUUUGUUGCCCUUAUGGUCUUAAGUUUUUUCUUGUUAUGUUUCUUACGAUUCUACACUGUAAAUGUUUAUUUAAAUUGGUCUUUUUUCUUACACAGGAAUCGCUGUUCUCCAAGCACUUGGUGAAAAGAAACUUCAUAUUGGGGCAACCUCGGAUCCAACACAUCAAGUGAGGCUUAAUUUUAUUAAUUGAUUUAUUUGUUUUCGCAAAGAAAGUAAUCAUUCCUUUAAAGAUUUUGAAAAUAGUUCGAAAUUCUAUUUGGAUUACUGACUGACUGAUUGACGACUAACUGAUUGACCGAUGGACUGACGACUGACUGACCUGCUGUGUAAACCGGUUAGCUGGCCUGCUUACUGACUGACUGACAGACCGACCGACUGACUGAAUUGAUUGAAUCGGAUCCAUCGAAUGAAUGGUUUUAUCAAGUGACUUAUAGACUGAAGAACUGACUGGCUGAUUGAUUGAUUGAUUGAGUAAUCGAUUGAUAGCUCGAUCACAAGAUUUAAGGCUUUAUCGAUUAAUUGAUUGAGAGACGCCUUUUCCUCACAGUGGAAUUGCCCUCAAGGUAUAACGUACAGGUCCUCUUCCGCUCCAGCUCUCAGUUUGGACCACGGACUCAUCAAAUCAAGGUCGGUGUAAAAAUUAAAUUCCAACUUAAUGUCAAUUGACAAAAACUGCAUAUCGCUGUUUGUUUGUUUUGAUAUUCCUGAUGAUAACAUUUAUUUAAAGUCAAUUUAUAGGUUGCCCUCAAUCUGAAACACCAUGUCACUCUCCGUCCAUUCUCAGUGUUCUACAUGUUCUUGAGCGUUUCUUCUUUCUCUCAGACGCUUCUCAGCACCAGCUGCGAGAAUAAAGGAGUGGAGCAACUCAAACUCUUCAUCUACUUCUAUUAGGUACAUGCUGGAAAGGUGCUGCAUGGUUUUUUGGGAUUGGCGCAGUUUCUUUUAUGUUGACUUUGGUCCUUUUUCUACGAUGGGUUCUGAUUAUUCUCCUCCGUGCUCUGCACUACUUCACACACUACUUCCUUUGUUGUUCAUCCUUGUUCCUCAGAAACUCAUUCUAAGCUUGUUUAAGCUUUUUUCUAGAAGCUCUCUUGCCACUCUACUUCCUGGUUUUCGUGCUCAGAUAUCUGAGUUUGUUUGAAAUGUUAAGCUUCUUUCUUUAUUACAAUUUCAAAUUGUUUACAAGUUCGUAUUUGCUAUGUAUUUACUCUGUAGUCCGCACACCUACUUUAAAAGCAACAACAGAUCCAUUGGUAAUCAGAAGGACUCAUUUCUCGCUUUAAGCUCUAAGUUGAUUGUACUGCUCGCGCUGUUUCGAAUUGAGAUCAUCACUGAUUGUUUUGACUUUAUUUUUCCUUCCUCACUGUUAGUAGGCUUUCCUCUCCUUCUUCAACUAAGACUAUCAAAAGGUAUUAUGUCAGCAAUUUUUCAUAUUCCUAAACAUGUCCCAUAUGAAUAUAUCCAAAUUUGGUUGUACUACCUCAGCGCACUCGUUGCGUGAAAGUCUUCAAAGUUCAGUCUUAGUCCGGUUCUUUUCUCCCAUGCAAUUAUUUCUCUCCCCUUUUUCCAUUUCUUGCUUUUCACCUUUUUAGGAAUAGCACAGCUUCCAUCUUGAAAAAUUCUCCGCGGAGAAAAUCAGCUGUUACAUCAUUUAAGGGCAAAAGGUAUUCUUUUUUCUCCCGGUCUUUCUUGGGACACUGGUUUUGAAAAUUCAUCACUAAUUUCACAUUACCUGUACGCAUCUUUGCGACGAGGGGUGAGAUUCUGAUCGCACAUUCCAGAUUAUUGAAGAGUUGAAUGUGAAGAAAAGGAACUAUCAGGAUUCAAUACGGUUAAGUUGCACGCGUUGUAUCGACAGAUUGUUACAGAGGAAAGUCAUGAACAGGGUCAUAUCAAGGGUUCUCAGGAAAGGGAUUUGUUUCGAAACAUCUCCUUGUAGUUUAAGUCUGUCAUUUUUCUCUUAUCCUCAGAAGAGAAGUAUCCGCAUGGCAAAAUGUGACAGUGACAAACGAAACUUUGUUCUUCUUUCUGAACCUUUUCCUACUCCUUAAAUUUUGGAUCCUCAUUCUAGUUUGGCGAUUUUUCCUCUACUAUACUUUAUUACUAAUCUCGACUUCUCUUUCUUUACUUUCCUCUUUUUCUGCUGGCCGAUACCCGGAAAAAGACGACGGUCCUGAUGUUUUUCCUUUUUCGUCCUCUCUUACCCUCCAUUUUGGGUACUCUAACUCUGUCUUUUCUUUUUGUUGUCCUCUCUUCUCCUCUCUUUAUCAAAUAGAAAACUUCGAACAACUCCACGAUGUAAGUCAGCUCCUUCUUGUAGACGUAAGAAUAAAGAAAAUUCUGAAAGCUCUAACGAAUCAGGGUAAUAUAUAGUAACUUUCACUUUUUGUCUUCAUCUUUUUCUUUCAUUUCUACAUCAAAACUCUAAUCUCUGUAGUUCACUCUACACCUAUUUUAGCUAUUUCGUCCCAUGUUCCUGUAAAUUAAUCGUUAAUUCACAACUGACAAUCAAUGAAUUUCGAUCAAUGAAUUUCCUCAUUGGCCUAAGAGACAAUCUUGAAAACUGCAGUUUAGUUUUAGGUGUGCAAAGGUGAUCUUAAUAGAAAGUGGCACUUUGCUAUACAGUUACAUGUUCUCAUAAACGCAGAUGCACUUAUGAAGUUUUUAGACCAUUUUAACCCAACAUUUACCCUAACCUGUUAUCAGUUGAUAGUCGUUGGGUUAGGGGAGGGGCAGGAGCGUAUUUGCUUAGAUACCAACAGUGAUUCCAAGUUCAGUUUUAAAGAGUCAAAGCUACUUAUGUAAAGUGAAACCGGUUCCUUUACUGAAACGACGAUGGCCACGAUGGCCAUUAAGGCCCAGGGUGACCAUCAGACCUACAGCUCAAACUUCCGCCAACCCAGGAGAUCUUAGAACUUCAUUCUAGGCCACAUAUACCACAGCAGUUUCAAAAGUAGCUUUCUGAUAUUUUGUCACAGCCAGCACUAAAUAGUAUUGUGUCAAGAACCACUAUCCGUCUUUUUCUUUCCAGUGCUUCGGCUCCGGUGCUUCUGCCCAAAAUAAAGAAGAAGUCAACAAAAUCGCACACAUCUAAGGUGGGUUUUUCUCAAACUUCUUGUAGAAAGUGCAAUCUCUUUUUACUGAAUACCCCGCUUAUUCCAUGGGAAGUCACUUCAGUUUUUUGAGCUCCUACUCACGAUACGUUUGUCUUGCUACAACUGAAUAACAUACACUUGAUUUCUACUUUGUAUUUAUGUUUAUCUCCUACGUUAAACUUGUUUAACUCAAUCGUCCUUAGUUUGGCUCCGUCCUCGUAGUUUUUCAUCCUCUUCAAACAUCGUGUUUGAUUUCCAGGUCAGCCAUUCAACUCUACAAAAUCGCUCUAACCUAGAAAACUCUAACCGAACGUGCAAGAUUCUUAGGGACUCUUCGCGCCGACUGACCUUACCUCAGAUCAAAGAGCGUGAAGCAGUUAAAGCGAUUUGUUGUACGGUUCUCUGUUUGUUAGUACUAACAGCACUGAUUAAAACUUCGAAGAAUUCAUUCGCACCGUAAAAAUAGUCAGUUAGCCACACAUUCAGUUAGUUUACCGCUUACACAAGCCGUAAAGCAAACGAACCAACGGUCAAGCCUCGGUGAGGGUUACGGAGCUAUUUUAUGAACACGGAGCAUAACAAAUUACAAAUUUUUUUCGUUAUGAACACAGCCACGCUAACGCGCUGCCCUGUAGCUUUCAUUCCAAUGUUUUGUGACAUCAUUAUGCAAAACUCAUUUUUUAUGAAGACUGCCAAAUAUUAGCUCGGUGAGAUUUAAAAACGAUUAAUAGGUAAUGAUAAACCCCGCUGGAGCAAGGAGGGUAGAAGGCAUUUUCCUCUUUUCCACUGGACUUUAUCAUCACACCUCCGCCCACGGGUUUCUAUGAUGGCCACCAGCGCCACGAGGAAGACUGAAGACCAGUCAAACCUUGCAUAGGGUAAUUUAGUAUUAUCAAUUGAAUUGAUAACGUAAAUUAGCCACCGUGAUGAGUUUCGAAGAUAACAUUUCGAGAAUUAGCCCUUCAUCAGAGCGAAUGGAGGAAUUGUGGGUUGUGUGUAUGUGUUUAUAUGAAGACCUUGCAUAGCCUAACAUUCGUAGCCUAACAUAUCAUGAAAUUGUUAUGCUUGAUUUUCAACUUAUUCUUUUUUUUCAUCAGAUGUCUUCCAGCUCGGCCACAUCCUCUGAGCGAACCCGUCAGAUGCUGAGAGCUCGGAUGAAAUCGAACAUCUGA